AUGCGCCAUUCACUCGAGUAUAAACCUGUCCCAAAUGUGCCCAUUCACUCGAGUAUAAACCUGUCCCAAAUGUGCCCAUUCACUCGAAUUUAUCUACUUUCACUUUCACUUUUGUUAAGGUUCUCAUUUUUGUUCUUUUUCUUUUUUCCUUUAACGUCAUUCCAUUCCUUUCUUUUCCACAAUUCGUUUCCUUUUUUGACACUUGUUUCCUUAUUCGCAGUUUGUUUUUCUCUUUCCCUUUCUCCUCUCUUCUUUUUGCUUUGUCCGUCCUCGUCGUUUUCUCGCUAUUCCAAAUGUACUACCCGCUAUUUUUAUUCUUUUUCUCUAUCUCCCCCUUAUCAUUUCUAUUGUAUCAGUAUCGCAAUUCUUAUUUUAAUUACGAGCCUACGUACAGAGAAAACUGUCAUAGAAUUUUUCGUCUUUAUGUGCCGUGUUCUUUUCUUCUUUUCUUCUUCUUUUUUUUCUUCUUUUCUUCUUUUUUUUUUUUUUUUUUUUUUUUUUUGUGAUGAUGUUGGGGCUUCCGCGGAUUUCCGAUUCGUGCGCUACCCUGUUGACGCGGCAGGGGAUACACCGGCGUCAUCCCAACUAGUUGUCACUUUUUUUUUUUGUUUGUUCUUUUUUUUUCUUAUUUUUCUUUUUUUUACUUCUUUCUUUUUUUUCUUUUUUCUUUUUUUUCUUGUUUCUUUUUUUCUUGUUUCUUUCUUUUCUUGUUUCUUUCUUUUCUUGAUUCUUUCUUUUCUUGUUUCUUUCUUUUCUUGUUUCUUUCUUUUCUUGUUUCUUUCUUUUCUUGUUUCUUUCUUGUUUCUUUCUUUUCUUGUUUCUUUCUUUUCAUUCUUUUCUUGUUUCUUUCUUUUCUUGUUUUUCUUUCUUUUCUUUUUUUCUUUCUUUUCUUUUCUUUUUCUUUUCUUUUUCUUUCUUUUCUUUCUUUUCUUGUUUUCUUUUCUUUUUUUUUUCUUGUUUCUUUCUUUUCUUUCUUUUCUUGUUUCUUUCUUUUCUUUCUUUUCUUGUUUCUUUCUUUUCUUUCUUUUCUUGUUUCUUUCUUUUCUUUCUUUUCUUGUUUCUUUCUUUUCUUUCUUUUCUUGUUUCUUUCUUUUCUUUUUUCUUUUUUCAUUUUUUCUUUUUUUUCUUUUUUCUCUUUCCUUUCUCUUUCCUUUCUUUUUCUCUUUCCUUUCUUUUUCUCUUUCCUUUCUUUUUCUCUUUCCUUUCUUUUUCUCUUUCCUUUCUUUUUCUCUUUCCUUUCUUUUUCUCUUUCCUUUCUUUUUCUCUUUCCUUUCUUUUUCUCUUUUCUUUCUUUUUCUCUUUUCCUUUCUUUUUCUCUUUUCCUUUCUUUUUCCUUUCUUUUUCUCUUUUCCUUUCUUUUUCCUUUCUUUUUCUCUUUUCCUUUCUUUUUCCUUUCUUUUUCUCUUUUCCUUUUCUCUUUUCCUUUUCUUCUGA